AUGCUGUCCUCCACGAAAGAAACACACUCCCGGAGAUCCACAAGUUCUCUCUGUACGUCCACGACGCCCACGUCGUCACUCUCCAUAACCUCGUCACGCCGUUUUCAGUCCUGUCUUCCAUACUUUAACUGCACAGUUUGGAAGCUCCGAGGACGAUGUCUAGUGAGUGAAAGGUUAUUCAUGAAGCUAUUCCUCGUGGACGAGCACGGGGUCGAAACCUACCAGAUGACCGCAGUGGUACCUUGGCCAACAUGGAAAACAAACACCUCCAGCUUCAUGCAAUACGCCGCUGCACAUUUCGACCACCCAGAACUUCAGAAGGAGUCUAGAGGGCCUCUCUCCUUGAGAUGUGCCACGCGCGAGGGGGAAGGCGUCGUGUGGACGCAUGUCAGCGUGUACAGUUGGGCUUGUAUAAGACCUCAAGAUGAACUGGCAAUUUUUAUUUCGCGCACGAAGGAGGAAUCACAGGACGGGCAUGACCCGGUCAGUGACGCGAAGGAUGCCGGAGCUGUUCGACCUGAAUUCCCUCAACUCGUUUGCCUUACAUGCACUGAGCACCGUGCUACCGGGGCCGAUGACACCAGGAAAUUUGCAAACACGCGUUGGUUGUUUUCGGACGCGAGGACGAGGUAA